UUAGAAGAGCAGCCAAAAGCGGGGUAGGAUUCAAUCAGUCAGUCAGUCCGUACAAUCAACCGAUCAGAUCCUCGAUUUGGUUAAAACAUCGUAUUUGUUCUUAUGGAUAUCGUUGCGUCUCUCUAUCCCGCUCUCUCAGAGCGCAAACCCCUUCCCACCUAUUACACGCCUGGCUGUCUCGGUCUCUCCCUGGUACCUUUUCUAGUAGAAAACAAAGGCUACUCAGCCUUCUCCACUUGGCCCUUCUUGCUCUACUUAUGCGUCAGCUGGCCGUGCUUCACUACUGGUGAUCCCUCUUCAGAUUACUACAAUAACAGCCAUUUCAUUGCCUUUCCGCUGUGGUACCUUGACUUUGUUUUCCUGACCCCAAGAGACGGCAAGGAUGCGCCUGCGUUCAUUGGCCGCCAACUUACAGAUGAAGAGCGUGGGGAUGAGGGGGGCGUUAUUACUGCCCAGGGCCAGUGCUGGAAGGAUUUAACGACGUUCUCACAGCGUGUGAAGUGGGCAUUCAGGCUGAUGCUGCCCGUGCAUAGGGGAAUUGGAUGGAAUUGGCAGGUGAAAGGCGUUCCUGCGGAUCCGCAUGCAAAGCUGCCAAGGUGGCAGUACGUGGGCUGGCAAAUGUGGUGGGUGGUGUUCUACUACGUGCAAUCUAUGGGGACGUUAGCCGGACUGGGUCUAGGAUGUGCCUUAAGAGCGCAAAUCAGAUCAGAUGAGCUACUCAAGACAGUUGUCGUCAAUGCUAUCGUGGGAUGGUCGGGUGCGGUGUGGAUAUGGGAUAGGCUGAAUUGCGCAUAUCGACUCGCGGCUGUCCUGGGUGUUGCGACAGGAGCGACGGAAACUUGGGAAUGGCCGCCUCUCAUGGGGCCAUUGAAAGACGCAUGGAGCGUGAGGCAGAUGUGGAGUGCAACAUAUCACCAGGUAUGCCGCAGGCUGCUAUCGCAACCAUCAAAACGUCUUGUUCGUUUCCUACGUCUCCGCAAGGGUGGUUUAGCGUCUAGCUACAGCCAAUUGUUCAUCUCGUUUGGGAUAAGCUGCCUUUUCCACCAGGCCCAGAUGUUCAAUUUCACUCGCCGCGACAUGGGCGAGCUGGCCUUCUUCAUGUCGCAGCCUUUGGCCAUCAUGGUGGAGGAUCUGGUGCGCUGGGCAUGGAAGAAAACUGACAUCUCUGGAAAGAGCAUAUAUUUUGAGAAGGUGGUCGGGUAUAGCUGGACCUUUGUCUGGUUCUCGAUGAGUCUACACUUAUACAUAAGUGGACUUGUGCAGGCGCGCGUUAUGAAAGACUGGCUGUUUGGAUACACACCUUUAGAGAUUGGUGAUGAUGCUAGACAGCAGCUACUUAUGUGGUUACGUGUAUAAGCUGAGUGGUAUGGGCGCUAGGGCAUGAUGUGAGACUUCUACCCAUUUCUCAUCAGCCUUCGGUAUAUAUCGAGUUCCAGGUAUCCCUCUCGGCUCCACCUUAUUUUAUUAGAUCAUCUAGAGGAUUAUUAAUUCGAUUCACUCUUUUACUGU